AUGCGCUUCCCCAAUCCCUCCUUCUCGACUGAAUCGCACCUCACCGACACGCCGGAGCAAAUCAUCGAGCGGGUGGGCGGCCGGCUCGUCAUCCCAUACCCCGAACAGGACGGCUGGCAUGAAGGGCUGGAUUGGCGCGACAAACGAGAAACGGAAGAUCUGGUGACUCCUGACUACCAGAGGGACCUGGGGGCGGACUGGGACAAGGAGUAUGAGGCCCUGGCUGGAUACAGAGAGCCAGAACGGCAGCCAUCAGGCGGCAAGAAGACGCCGCCGACGGACAGCCUUGCGACACUCAACCCGCCCGGACGCGCUGAAGGAAGCCAGAGUGUCCGGCUAGAGGCAACAGUGAGAUCUCUCGUCCCCCCUUGA